AUGACUCUCGCCUCGCUUUUGCCAGUGGCCCUUGCCUCGCCCCUCCUUCCGAGCGAAGAUAAACCAGUGUAUUGGCUGCUGGCCGGCGACUUGAAAACAGCACCCAAAGGAGGGUGGGGCGACGGGUUUCUAGCCACAACGGUUGCGACCCGUUCAUCAGGGCACAAUUACGGACACAGCGGCGCUAUUACUGCUUCAUUUCGAGCCGGCAGCAAUUGGGGCAAAGCCACAAAACAUAUGCAGACCUACAAAGAUCGGUACAGGGUCUAUGUCACCAUCCAGUUCGUACACAACGACCAGAAAGAUACGUCAGGCGUCUCGCUUGACCAAUACAAAGCCAAGCUCAAGAGCUUCGCCGACGAAGCUAAGACUGCAGUUGCAGAACCGGUAUUACUCACUCCUGUGACGCGGCGAGAGCUUUUCCGGGAACAAAGUCGUUAUGUCAACGCUAUCGGAAAGGCUGCAGCAAGCAAAUAUAACCUGGUAGAGAACGAUUGGAUGCAUCUGGAUGAGUGGGGCGGCGUGUUCUUUGCGAGGAUAGUCACUGACCUCCUAGUCGAGAAAUAUCGGGAGUUGCAGCAAUUCACGACGGAUAAUUCGACACUGUCCGCUCUAAUUAAGCAGGGUAAGCCUGCGUAG